UUUGCUUUAUUAUCUGUAGGUGUAGGAGCUCUGAAGUUUCUCCAGGAACCUCAACAAUUCCAGGCAUCUCAUGUUGGCUGGAGCGUUGACUACAACUGCACAACAGAUGACCCAAAUGCCACAGUGUCACUUCUACAGUCUAAAAAUUUUGGGAGUUCUUAUAAUGUGUUUCCAGUCACACCAAACAAACUUCUUUUGACAGAACAAGUGUUCAGCAUAGUAAACCUUGUUCUUUCGGAUGGCGGAUACUAUAAAUGCAAGGCAACGGACCAGUCAGGUCAAACUAUUCAAUGGGACAUAGAUUCAACUUUAUAUGUACUAUCAGGUCUGUAAGAAUAUUCGGAGUGAAUAGGCACUCAUGUAAAUCAUGUAGUUAAAACCCCCAGGGGGGACUCCCUGUAAUGGCUUAUGCAGAGAAGCUCCACCUGAAGAGCGUACCUUUUUAAAAAAUUAAUAAUUUUCUAAUUUGCUAUGGUGGCGCUUUACAUUCUCUACGUAACAGUUAAAAUUUAUAAAAUGUAUCUGUGAUACAUAACGUGAUAAAAAGAAAAAAAUGCUAACAAAGAUACAUAAAUAAAUGACAGUAAAAUAAAAUAAUAUUUAAAACUACCUAAAAGCUAAUCUAAAAAGACAGGAUCUGAAAUUGUGACCAGCUGGUCGCCAAUGCAACUGAAACUUUACAUUUGUUGUAGUGUUGGUGAUAUACGGUAUUUUUUUGAAAAAUUCUGAACUUUUAAAGGCUCGGGAAAUUAUAAUUAAUUUAGACAGAACGUGCAUGAAAUUAGUUCCUAACUUCACUUGUCACCGUAUGAUUACCUACUUAAUCAUAACUAUAACAAAUUGUCAAGACUGAUUGGCUAUCAACUGCCCUGAUUUCAGCCUUAAUUUGACAGUUUAAUAGGACAGUACGCGUCAUGCCUAAGUAAUUGGACAGUACGUGCCAUCACUUACGCGCUUAAAUGGCUUUUUUUUUCACUGCGAGCAAAACAAAAUUUUGAAUUUCUUGUGUUUUGAUUUAAAAAAUAGCCUAUUAUAUCACAGAUUUUGUUAAAGUUAUGAUUAAUUGGUGACAGAACUUCGUGUCGUCUAAUUUGGUCUGUAAUCAUACUUGUGAUUAAACAAAUCGGACUCCUGCUACGUGGUGGUCCGAUUUUGUUAAUCACUCUUAUGAUUACAGACCGAAUUGGACUCCACUCAGUCCUGUUACCAUUACUAAUCACAUUUUAAAGACAGUACAUUUUCAGCAGUUAAAGGGACUGGUUCACGAGAAUGCGCAUGUGUGAGUUCUGACAGUAGCUGAUUGCUUUUAAACCAAUCGGAAGCGAGUUAGAUGCACGCAAGUGAAUUUACAAAGUUCAAAUUCAUUGUUCACAACGCGAGAGUAUUUCUGGGCAUUUGGUUUGAUUUUAUAUAUCCCCAUAAUUUAAGUUUAUUCUUUUCUACUCCUCAGAUAUAUGUUGCAGCCGAUAAGAAUAAGAUUUACAGCCCUGUCCUGCUUUGACACAAACAUUUACCAACAUGUAUUUUUACGAGGUCGUACCCACGCUAACAAAGCAGUCACUGAUCGGCAAACAAAAAUUAAUUUGUAAACAAACAUCUUAUUACUGUUCUCUCAGUGCGCCUUAUAUAAACCCAGAAAUACCUACAAAAUUAAUAGUGCCUGACCGGUGACAAAAACACACAACAUAUGAGUAUAAAGAUUAUCCUUAAUUGAGCAUAAAUUUCAAUUGCUUAUCAGCAAAUGAACAAAAUAAUUCAUUUGCAUUGCAUCGGGUCAGUGUUCCGCAAAACAAAUGUUAUUGAGUAGAACACAUAAAGAAACUAGAUUAUAAACAGAAUGUUCAGGCAAUAAUUUAUUUUAAAAACAUCAAUUCUUAAACAUAUAUGAUCGUAAAGCAAAGAUACAAGGAACAUUUCGAAUGUAUUAGAUCGGUGAAGAUCGUGCGGCCUGUUGCGGUAUAACUACAGGUCGGAGUCAAAAAUCAAAUCAAAGUUGAACGAACUCAUGCCUUUAACCACUUUCCAAGUGCCGUGUAUUCUUUUCAUAAGCCACACACUUCUCCUAGAACCAUACCAGAUCGAUCGGCUAAGCUUCUCUAUCUCCAAAGACUCUUGAGAAGGUCCUGUUGCCGGACUGCCACGAUGCUCUUCUGAACCUCCCUGAUCAAAACAUUAUUUUUUGCAUCUUCUUAAAACGUAACCAGUCAAACAACACAACCACACGUUAAUCACCACAAACCAAAGUAUAACUAGGCCAGCCAAAGCGAUGGAUGUCGGAAUAAAACGAAGGAUUUUCAAUGAUUGUACCAGUAAUGGUGAUAUCCAAUUUAGUUUUGACCCGACAAAUUUAUUCUGAAGAGACAAACAGCAGGCAUGCGCAUAACCGUGAUCACGUCCCUUUAAAAGAAGUUCUAAACUUGGUACAGGUAUGUAAAAGGCCUAGGGGUACCAUUAAUUUUUGUCAAUAGAAGGUAUUCUAAAGGGGUACCUUUUCUAUCAAAAAUGGUAAGGGGUUGGACCUAGGGGUGGAGCCUCCCCAUGGAACACCUUUUUGACUAUGAUUACCCACCUCCUGCCCCUGCUCCCUUCCCCCCUCACCACUUGGUGUUCUGAAGCAAAAAGUGCCUUGAACACCGCCCAUUUCAAAAUGGUGGCAUUUUUCUGAUAAAAUGUGGUUUUUACAUUUACAUUCAACAAUCUUUUAAUGCUUUUCAACCAGCAAAUGAACCAGUAAAUGACGUAAAUUAGUGGUAUUUUACAAGUGCUCGAGUAUAUGCAAACUGAAAAAGAUUAGCUUUUCCUUUUAUUUGUUGCUUUUGUUGAUGUUGAAUCAUGUCAAGGAAAGUAUUUUUCUUUGCAAGGGACAUGAGUAAUUUUUUUAAUUUAAAAGUGAUGAACUAUUUGUCAACUUGCAACACAUCAAAUUACAUAAAGAGCAAAUUAAAUAUUUGGCUUUUACUUUUAAAUGAUCAAAAUAAGAAUUCGCAACAUCCGCUGAAACCACUCAGAAUUCUGGCAAGACUCUUGUCUUUCAUGAACAAGGCUUUCCCGAUCCAAGACUCUUGCUCUGCUGGCAAAAGUCUCAAGUUAUUUGUAAAUCUGAGGCCAUUUCCUUAGACAAGUAUAAGGUGAUUUGAUGUGAAAAAGUGAACCACUGGCUCCUAUUGAAAACCCUGUUUAAGCAGACCCUUAACCAAGGGAAUAUCAAACAUAAGCUCAUACAUGUAAACUGUUCUUCUUAUACAUGUACAUUUGUAUCAUUUUCUGAAAAUUUGACCCAUGUUAAUUAGCAGAUAUCUCUCAGAUGCUUAGUGACAUUCUGAUGGGUGUCCCAAGCUUCCGUCAUCUUAGUUGACUGGGAGGGUGUGACACUAUUUCCAUGAAAAUGCAUUCCUUCCCAUUUUCCCAAUGUAUACUUCACUGCAUUCACAAGGAAUCUUAUAUGCUACUCCAUCUUGUUAAACUUUUGUAAGUACAUUGUAUAGCUGUAAACACAACAUAAAUAACUUCAGACCUGAUUUGAGUAUCCCUGUUAUAUUUUCAGACUUUUUGUUAAACCCUGGAAUAAGUUAUGACAAUAUUAUUUUGCAGAAACUACGGUACACUGUAUGUAUUGAAGCCAGCUUGUUAAGUACUGCACAUAUUUUUUGCAGCUAAGUUACCCAGGCAUUUUGUGUUUAAACCAAACCAAUCAAUCUAUGUGCUGCAAGGGCAGAGUGGAGAAGUCACAUGUGAAGCUGAGGGCCCUUCAGUUUCUACCCUGAAGUGGGAAAAGGAACAGGAUGAUAAAUCAUAUGCAGCCGUCUCCAACAGCCAAGUUAACAUCACUAAAGAUUCAAACUAUGUGAGAGCAACCCUAAAGAUUACAAAUGCCCAGUUUGCGGACACUGGUACAUACAAAUGCACAGUAUCAGUUCCACCAAAUCUAUCAGAUUAUAAGCUGACAAAGAUAGAAGUCAAGGGUACGUUUGUACUCUAUUUCAUUGUAAAGAUUACUUUUACUGUUAGUAUCUCAUCAUUUCUGCAGUACAUGGCCCAGCAGCCAGCAUAUUAGACACACAAAUACGGUUUAUCCCCAGUCCAUGUCCUGCUCUGACUUGCUGAAUUUGUUUUGGUCUUCCCAACAUCAAUUCCUUGGCCACGCUUGUUAUUAUCCAGCUGGUUGCUUCCUGCCAGUUGGGGUUUUCAAUUCUGUUAUGUUCUAUUUGGGUUAUUAUUUUGUUUCUAAUUAAGUUAAGAGUGGAGUGCCUGUAAACUAGCUGGACUUCCACUGUGAAAGCAAACCAAAAAAACAGUAUUAACUGCACAUCAACAAUGUACAUGCACAGUAUAUCACUUAUGCAAUGGACAAAAACUGGUGAAUGCCCAUAUGAUGGUCUGAUGAUGACUGAGUUGUGGCAUUUGAUGUGGAUGACAGUUCUGCUCUGUACAAAACAAUAGUAAUAUUUUGUCAGACAUAUUAUUUGUUAUUGUGUAGGCUACAGCUGAUUGUCACUGAGUAUUAAUCUAUGUAAAAUCUGUUUCAUUCACACAUUUAGGUCCUUCAGCACCUAAGAUUAGUCCCUACACAAAGCAAACAGAAAUACUAGAGGGAUCCACCAAGGCUAUCAAGUGUGUAGCAGAGGGAUUUCCAAAGCCAAUGGUAGAUUGGUACAGAAAUGGCAAGAAAAUGAAUGUCACCAACUGCCGUACAGAAUCUCAGAGUUGUGAUCAAGUUGUGUAUGAGGUUUAUGAAGAAGGAGAUGGUUCUUCUGGACUUCAUACUAUUUACACAGUUCAAGUUCUCAAAAUAAGAAGUGCACUAUAUCCAAGAGAUGUUGGUGAUUUUAAGUGUGUUGCAUCAAAUGGAGCUUCACCAGAUGCUGAGUUGAUUGUCAGCUUGGAUGUUCAAGGUACUUAAGCAAAGGAAUACCUUUAUACUGUGUGUAACCAGUAAUUUGCAUAAUUAAACAUGUGUAAUUUUUUUACCCCAUUUACAAAUGAUUUGGUCAGAGCCAACAUUUAGAGCCUUACCCGUACGAAAUGCGCAGCGCUGCAGAAUGGCUUCAAGAAGCGCUGCAGAAUAGCUGCAAAGAGGCUGGCUGCAGCAGUCGCAAAUUUUGGCUGUUCGGGGAAGCGCUAUGAAGCCGUUUGAAAGCGAUAAGCAGCGGUUUAGCAGCGGUGGAAAGGACACACAAAAAUGCUGUCAGUGCUGCCAAAUAGCUGCAGACAUGUACAAAAAUUCAAAGAAUUAUGGCAUUUGCCUGAUUCGAUAAUGCGGUUUGGCAAUUUAGUGCCAUCACGCAACGCAGUCCGGAAACCGGCUUAUUUAGUAGCAGAGUAAAAACCACUAGAAAGUCAAAAUGCAACUUAUACUUUAUUAGUAUCCACGCGUACACGUUACAAAAGCACGUGACAUAGAACAAAUCUGCAACAGUCUCGCUUUGUAAAUAUUUAGCAAUCACGGUCACUCAUCUGAAUGUAAGACCAUCAUUAACAUGCAGACAUUGAAAAUUAUCUUUUUUAAAAAUAAAGAGAAUAACAUCGAUUGUUCUACAUAAAGUUUACACGGCCAUUAGGCAAAUGAUAUUUUGAUUCCUUGCAACGGGUUAAGCGGGACAUUGGUCACCUUGACGUUUCGUCCAUGAUCCACGAUCUUCUACACUUUUUUCAUGAAAGAAAUCAACCCAAUUUUACUUUGGUCGUCGUUAAAUUUUACAAUGGACUAAGGAACGAACAUUACCACGAGCGUAUAAGAAUCUUGUAAGUGUGAACCCCUGCUGAGAUUCUUGUAUCUGUGUUGCUUGCUCUGGUUCAAUUCGUCGAUACUUAGCGUAGAAGUCACUGUUCAGUGCAUUGUUUGCAAAUACAUUUGAGCUGUUCCAUCCAAAAACUUCAACAGAACUUCCAUCUCGAAACAGAACUAGAUGCAAAAAAACUUAGAAUGUUUGCGCCUUUCAUUCAACGGUCGCAAAUGUUCUGUGUUUGUCUAGAGCUGUAAUGGGAUCUCAUGCAAAAGGACCGACCAAUUAGAUUACGGCCUAGAAUGUCUCCAGGGAAUUAGCGAUAACAUUCCCACACUGAAUGAAAUUUAUUGAAAUCCUUAUUCCGAAAGCAUAGGAUUUGGAGGUUUAUUCAAUAAGUGAUCUUCUUUGCGCACAAGCUUACUCACAUUUCUUAGAGGUACAGUCAAAGUUUUCGCGUUAUAAAAGCCGUAAUCUGUGCCAAGGCUUUAUCUGGCGAUUCAUGUUAUUGGCGCUCAAGAAAGUCAGAUCGACCGCAGCUGAAUUGUAGCGUUACUGCAGCUACUUCGCAGCGUUUGAAAGUCGGCAACUGCGCUGCAAAACCGCUGCCGAGAGCUUCAAAGAGCCUUCAAAGGCUGCACAGCGCUUUUACAUCCCGCUGCAACUUGAAUGAAGCUGCUGUUUGGCUUCUAAAAGGCUGCUGAACAGCUGUAAUUUAGCUGUACAGCGAUUUUGUGGCGAUUUUUGUAGCGAUUUUGUGGCGCUGUACAGCGCUGCAAGUUUCGUACGGGUAGUUCCAUUGUACAGCUGUACCAAUUUAUUGUGAUCAUAUGUAAGUAAUUUUAAAUGUUAAAGACAUCUUUGAUGCACAACUCAUUGGGAGCACCUGUGAACUAUUCAAUCAAAUCAGGCCAGAAUUGAUAUUAAUCCUUCUCUGUACAUAACUGCUCUCUUUUGAACGUUUGGAAAUAUUGUUACAAAAUGUACCUUCCUAUGCAUUUAUUUUUUUACCCAAAUUUUUCAUCCAGGAGUGAAACCUGGUGAAAGCAUAGAAAAAAAUUGUAAGCACUUAUGUCACUCGUACACUGUAGGAUUCACAGUGUAGAGUACAAACUUAAAUUCUGAGUGCAAACCUGUGUUCUAAGUUGAGAAAGGCAAGGAACUAAUUUGAAGGGGGUGGGGGUGGGGGUGUGAGAGGCUUAUUUGCAGGGGGGUGCUUAUUAACUUACAGUUAAAAUGUAAUAAACAUUGUCUUCCUCUCAAACAAACACAUCUGUACAGCUGUAAACAGAGCACAAACACAUAUCUCUAAGAAAAAAAAAACAAGUAUGGUCUUACUGAUGGCAUUAAGGUCCUAAAAGUUCUAGUGUUGAAAUGCUCUUUCUCUCCUUCUUUGUACUGGAUAUUCAGUCACAUUUUCUUUCUUGGAGAAGGGUUGUUCGGUAAGAAACUCUUGACAACAAGAUCCAAUUUAGCAGAUUAUACAUGUAUGUUAAAUCAGAGGUUGAUGAAAGAUUGUUAACAUCAGAUUACAUUGUUAAAAUUUUACAACCUUGUUUUCAAUAUAAGACGUGCAGUCUACCCCAUGAGCAUCGCAUCAUGUCAGCUCAUUUAACCCUUUGACUCCUGAGUUUUUCUGUCAUAUUGCUUCAGUUUUGACAUACAUACACUAAAUAACAUCUCACAAGUUCCCUUUGAGGUAAAAGUGCCUAUAAUCGUACAUAUUUAGAAAGUAGACAUAUCAGGGUUUCAAAAUAUAUAUAUGUAUUAACUUAACGUUUGUUUGGAGAGCUGUUUGCCUUUAGCAAUCUCGUACAGUUGACAGUGUACAUUUUGUGGCCACCGAAGCGCUCGCUUGCUCUCUUUCUUCGACAUUUUCUUGACCACUACAGCGUGUAUCUGCGUGCUCAAGCUCUGAAUUGUUGCCAGUAUCUUCGUCCAUUUAAUCGGACCAAUCUUCACCUAACCUGAAUCAUCACUAAAAUCCGGUGCUGCGAAUAUAGUUCGAUCAACUCCAUUCAUGCCUGACGCCAUUUUUAAAGGUUAUUAGCACAGCGAGGAAAUAUUGCCAAAAAGUAAGUCCAAAAUGGCGAAAAACCGAAUGAAAUGGAAUCAUACGAUAAACAACUUCAUAUACGAAACAUAAAGUGUCAUUUGACAAACUAUGGAGCCUUUCGGAGCCUUUUUCGGGACAAAAUGUACACCUUAUUUGGAAGCGCGCCAAAAAGCGCGCUCAGGAGUCAAAGGGUUAAGGAUACCGUAAAUCCUCUAUUAAGCCCCCCAGGGGGUUUAUUUUUCUGAAGCACUUUUGAGGGGGGCUUAAUAGAGGGGGGGGGGGCACUUAUUUAAUUUAGCGAAAUGCAUCAAUGGGAGGAAGGUUUCUUGAGGAUGGACAACAAUAGGGAAAUGGUAACAAUUCUCCACAGAGAAUUAGAGCAUAAAGUUGAAAAAGUUCAGCACAUGAAGUUUGAGGUCAUGUGGCCAAAGACCAAAAGCAAUAUGAAUUUCCAGCCUGAAUAAACCAUUACUGAUCAGUCCACGUUAAUUGUUUGUGAAGAAUAAGGAUGGAGGGGGGAGGGGAGGGGGGGACUUAAUAACUUUUCUUCUCUGCAAAGGGGGGGGCUCAUUAGAAAGGGGGCGCUUAAUAGAGGAUUUAGUGACAUGAACUAGGUAUCAACUAACAAUCUUAAUUUAAUGCAGUUAAGCCGACACUGAAAGAGAGAUUAGAUGCAGUUGCUGUGGUAGAAGACAAAGAAGCUGAAGUGUCCUGUACAGUGACCAAGAGCAACCCACUGCCAACGUUCAGUUGGCAGUAUGCUUUCAAAAACUUGGAAUGUGAUAUUCAAUCUGGUACCUGUGUCCCUAAGGAAGACAAGUGGAUUACUGUUCCCAGUCCGCUGGUGUCUCCCAGCAGCUCAACACCAACAAAUGAAAGCACUGUAAAAAUUGCCAAAGACCAACAAAAUGCAUUCUACCGUUGCCAAGCAUUCAAUUCCUUGGGAAAUGUUUCGCAAAUCUUGAGAUUUGUCCGACUUGGUAAGAACAUCAGUUGUAAAAACAGUACUUUUUUUGAGGUAUUGAAUUGUACAAAAGUGUAAUAAUGUGCUUUAUACUAGUACAGACAAGAGAGCAGAUUUUCUAGGGCUGACCUGCACCUAUUCCAACAAGUUUUGUGAUUGGCUGUGAAAACAAUAGGGAUGGUGACAUAACAAUGCCCCUAUCCCUGAAAACAAUAGGUAGUGCGAGUUAUAGGGACCAAUGAAAGAAGAGGUUUGGAUGCGUGCAGGUCAAUCCAUGUUCUACUCGCAGGUCAAGCUAGAUUGCAAAUGGACAGAUUAAUGCUCACCUGAGGACAUUUGUAGCUGCAUAUAUUUUAUGCACAUCUGCUUGGGCUUGGAACUGAGACACCCUAUGUGAUAACAUAAAUUGGAAAAUGUGUGGUUCCAGGCAUAUCCAUAAAACCGUGCUGAAAAAAUAGGCCAAAGUUUUAAAAAAAGUCUUUAAAAAGGUAAGCGUGUUAAGAACUUAUGCAGAUCUUGGAGGAUGUUAUCCACCUCAACCUCCAGCCCGGGUGGAUAACAUCCUCCUUGAUCUGCAUAAUUCUUCAUAUCUUACCAUCCUCAUUUUUAAAUAAUUACAUGUAUUGCUAAUUACCUAUGAUUGAUCAACAGUGAAACCAGAUGCCAAGGUUGAGAUUGACAUUGGCGAAACUAAGACUGAGGUGAACGAGAAGUCUACCUUAGAGGUCUUCUGCAUUGACAGGAUUGAUGGUGACUUGGACCUCCUUUUCUCAAAAGAUGGGGAAAAAAUAGAACUAAGUGAUCCACGUGUCAAUGUCACCAUUGAAAAUCUACCAAAAGAAACUGAAAGGUUGUUUAAACUGACGAUAAAGAAUGUGACAAUGAAUGAUACAGGAGAGUAUGGAUGCACCCUUUCUGUUUUGUUUCCAAGGCUCCUUGAUGCCAUAAAUGUUACGGUGAAAGGUGAGCGAGCUAAGAGUGGAGAUCAUUAAAGUACUUUAACUAACAUUUUUAUUCGUAGGCCCUCCUAUAGGUGCAAAAAAUUUUGGUAACUCGUGUGAAUUUUCCUGGAAGUCAUAUUAAUAGAUUUAUGCAGGAAAAAGCUUUGUUAUGGUCCCAAUUACUUGAUUUUUAUCAAGCUCUAUGAUUUCUAAUCUCAUGGAAAACAAUUUUUCGGUUUUGUGCCUAGAGUUCAUGGAAAACUGUCUGUCACAAUUGUUUGAUUCCGUGAAAAUUCAUGGAAACCCACUCCUACAUGUUUUCAAUUUUUUUGAGUCAUAAAUUUUUUCCUGGAGGUGUAAUUCAUAAACCGUUAAUGUGCAAUGCCCUUUGAAAACAAUUCACGAUGGCGGGCAAUAGACAAAUAAUAAUUGAUACUUAAUUAUAAUUACGUAAUUGAUGCUGAACAUUUAGUUUUUAUAAUAUUUGGUAUAUAAGCCAAGUCAUAACCAAAGAAUUGAUCUACUACAGUGGAACCCCGUUGAUAUGGUCACCACGUGUAUAUUAAUAGGUGACCCUAUUAACAAGAGUUUUUUGACAAGAAAAUGCAGGGUUGUCAUUAAGAGCCGGGGGCCUUGGAUUUUCCCCGGCUACUAAGAGAGUGGCCCCCGGCUACUUUUAUUGGAAAAUAGAACAAAAAUAGAACCAAAAGAAAUCCCUAGCCGUUUGAUUCCCCGCCUACUUGUUGUAUUUACCCGGCAACUUGAAAUCUUAGUGGCAACCCUGAAAUGUAUGGCCGUUAUGCCGGGCGGCUAGGAAAAGUAGCUGUAAUAACAAGGUGACCAUAUUACUGAGGUUGGCCAUAAGGCGGCAUUGUACUGUAGAUAAGAAUCUGAGUGGAAAAAUACAUGUAGUGAAUUUCUGCAAUUUCUGUACCCAAACAUGCGAAUGUACACUCAAAGAAAACGUAUGGUUUGUUUAAUACAGAAGUACAUAGUAGAAGAUUGAACAUCAAACUGUAUGCAGCUGUGUUUUGUUGUGUUAAUCCGUAAUUUCAUGUGUUGAUGGAGGGAACUUGCAGCUAUAGUAGCUGCAGUGGUUUAAGAUCAAGAAUUUUUGUGGUAGUGGUGUUUCUGCAUUUCCGAAGUUGUUGUAUGUGCAGAUACAUACAUACAGCAAAUGAUGGCAUUGUCAGUGGUAGCUCUAAAUUUGAAGGCAGGUUUCUUUGCCAUAGCCAUGUACAUUUGUAUUGGCGUUAAUAUUUCUCGAUUUGUGAAGCCAGAUGGUUUGAAGAAGGUUAAUUGGCAUUGAUAAUUAUUACCAAAUAAUUUGUGCAAAUAUUGGGAAAAAAAAGCACACUGCAGAACUUACAUCCUUCAUCAUCAUUGACAGCUUUUGUAAGUUUUACAGCUGGUCCUGUUUUUAUGGCCGUACUGGUAUAAUAGACCAUAGGUUUUUGACCAAUCAGAUUGUGCAUAUCCACCUGUCUCAGUUAUCAUAUAACAUAGUAUAUGAAAAUUAAAUUUGCCCAUUAAUAACCAUCCAUAGUUUCACACCACACCACAACCACAACCAGCUGUACAAUAGAGAAUUCUAUGUCAUGUUUUUUUAAAGCAAAACAAUGUUAAAUUUUUUUGUGUUUUUUUUGUUACUAUUAAUGUUGUUUCAUGUACCGGUAAUUGUCAUGUUGAAUCAUGCAUUAAUUAGCAAUUAAUGAAUGAGGCUGAAUAGGAUAUGAAGAAUUAAGCAGAUUGAGGUGGAUAACACCCUCCGAGAUCUGCUUAAUUCUUCAUAUCCUACGAAAGCCAAAUUCAUUAAUUGCUUUAUUAUUCAUUCAAAAUAAUUCGUAGUUUAAAAACAUAGCUAAAACAUGCUUACCUGCAUUGAUGUUAAGUUCAUCUUUGAUAGUGUACAGUGUACAUUUAGUUUUUGUCCAGCUCCGCAAACAUUCCCCAAAUGGAGAUGUUGCCCUCCCAGUUGUCUUCUUGCUGUUUUUGCCAUGUUUUUAGCUAUUAUUUUGCCUAGUUCCAGCUGUGGUUCUUACUCUUGAAACAAGUGAAAAUGAAAUGUCGGCCAUUAUUUUUUCACAACCAAAACAACUCAACCUCGUCCCCAUUCUUCUAAAUUCGGUCAUCAGUAACUGGUUAUGGUGAAUUAUGUGUGUGCUUUUAGCCAAUCAGAAUUAGGGAAAUAUUUUGAAUCAAUAAUAAUAUUUAUUUAUGUCUUCAUAGCUCUGAAACCACCAAACAUCACCAAAGAUAUACCUAAUGUGACAGUUCUUCAAGAACCUCAGGGUGAUAAUGUGGAGUUGUUUUGUGAUGUUACUGGCAACCCAAAACCUUCCAUCACGUGGUACUUCUACAAGGAUGGCAAAGGUGUUCGCUGGGAGAUCAACAAGCAAGAAUAUAACCUGGGCGGGAACAAGGAUAACUGCAGGAGUCGGACAAAGGGUUAUUACUUCUUGCAGCCUGAUGAUGCUCAUGUGCUUGUAAUUUGCAAUCCAGAAUUUGAACUUCACCAAGGAAAGUAUUCGUGUCAUGCUAAGAAUACAGUAGGAGAGCAGAGCAAGUCUGCAUUUGUCAAUGUGGAGAGUAAGUAGUCAAUUGUUAAUUAAUAGGUACAACAAGCUGGUGUGGUUAACUUUAUUAAUAUUUACUUUAACCACAUUAAAAAUUUAUAAAAAUGAUAGCAAUACUUUAUUAUGAAAUAAUAAUUAUACAGUCGACUUCUGGUAACGCGAGCUUUCAAGUGAAGUAUAAAUCAGUUAUUUGCAAGUUCAAGCUAUCGGGAGCUCUAAGCAAAACCUGAAUUUGUAUUAGUAAUUUAUACAUGUAUGGAUUUGAAGACUUUGCAAUUCCUUGCAUCUUACUGAUGGCUUGUCCCACACUGAGCUUAGAUCAAGCUCUGCUUGCAUAUUACUUGGUAAAUAUAUUUCUGGUGGUCAAGGCAAAUCCAAGUCUCGCAUCUAGUAGGAUACAUGUUUAUCUGAAUUACUUGUGUUUACGAACAACCUUGCAUUCACAUGAUUACGACAGGGACAUCAGAUGGACCUUAAACUCAACACCAGGGCCUUUGCUGCUCACAUACCAUUCACAUGAAAUUAGGUAUGUGUAAUCAAAUGGUGAUGAGUGAAAUUAGGGAAUAAUUUCACGCGCGUUUUGUCCAAAUCCUAAUAAUUUCCCGAGCCUUCAGGCUCGGGAAAUUAUUAGGAUUUGGACAAAAGGCAAGUGAAAUUAUUCCCUUAUUUCACGAGUAUACCAUUUGAUUACCUAUNCUAAGAAUACAGUAGGAGAGCAGAGCAAGUCUGCAUUUGUCAAUGUGGAGAGUAAGUAGUCAAUUGUUAAUUAAUAGGUACAACAAGCUGGUGUGGUUAACUUUAUUAAUAUUUACUUUAACCACAUUAAAAAUUUAUAAAAAUGAUAGCAAUACUUUAUUAUGAAAUAAUAAUUAUACAGUCGACUUCUGGUAACGCGAGCUUUCAAGUGAAGUAUAAAUCAGUUAUUUGCAAGUUCAAGCUAUCGGGAGCUCUAAGCAAAACCUGAAUUUGUAUUAGUAAUUUAUACAUGUAUGGAUUUGAAGACUUUGCAAUUCCUUGCAUCUUACUGAUGGCUUGUCCCACACUGAGCUUAGAUCAAGCUCUGCUUGCAUAUUACUUGGUAAAUAUAUUUCUGGUGGUCAAGGCAAAUCCAAGUCUCGCAUCUAGUAGGAUACAUGUUUAUCUGAAUUACUUGUGUUUACGAACAACCUUGCAUUCACAUGAUUACGACAGGGACAUCAGAUGGACCUUAAACUCAACACCAGGGCCUUUGCUGCUCACAUACCAUUCACAUGAAAUUAGGUAUGUGUAAUCAAAUGGUGAUGAGUGAAAUUAGGGAAUAAUUUCACGCGCGUUUUGUCCAAAUCCUAAUAAUUUCCCGAGCCUUCAGGCUCGGGAAAUUAUUAGGAUUUGGACAAAAGGCAAGUGAAAUUAUUCCCUUAUUUCACGAGUAUACCAUUUGAUUACCUAUUAAUAACAUGGGUGACAAAUUACGUUAGCAAUCUUGGAUUUUUAACAUGUUUAUCCUGGAUCGUAUCGUUCGAGAACUCCACUCUCUCAAAUGUUUAGACCUUAAAUUUGGCUUAUAAAGUUCAGAAUUUUUCAGACUUUUUCGGCAAAAAACCUGUUAGAAUCCUUCUUGAUGUUCUCCUGUGUGUUCAGAUUUUCUAAAGCGUCUUUUUGUGCCCUGACAUCUUCAUUCAUGGCAUUUUAAAACUUUGUCGCCAUCUUGACACUGAGACGUACGGAGGGGUUGCCAUGGCAAUUUUGUAAUUUCACAUAUGAAAUUACAAAUAAACGCUGAAAUUUCGCGCCAAAAUUAAGGAGUAAUUCGUUACCUAUGGUAUUAAUGGUCUAAGAAACGCAUCCCAAGAAUGUGAACAGAUUUUGCUAAAACCCCACUACAGUCGCACCUCCACUGCCACCUCUUCACAACAGCCUCUCUACAUUAACGGACUUUCCAUACAGUGGAACCCCACCUUACGACCAUCUUAUUAUAAUGACCCUAUUCUUUCUACCCAAACAUUAGAAUCACGGAGUCAUUUUAUUAUUUUGAAGACCCCAUUAACACCACCACCUCGUUAUCACGACCAGGAUUUUAUGGCCCAAUGGUUGUUGCAUUAACGGGGUUCUACUGUACAUCGUGUCGAGUCUUGUUUAACCCAUUGUCGCCCAAGAAUUUUUACUGUUUCGAGUGAUUUUCUAUAAAAUAAAUCAAGUCAAGGACUAAAUAUUAUUGUCAAUGUUGACUUUUGGUUUUGCAAUGUUGAUUUCUGUAAAAAUCCUGAAGGCAAAAAACGUAAUUUUUGUCGUUUCUCUAUGACUUUAAAGGGUGCUCAUUUCUUUUCUUGUCCAAAUUCAAAAGGUGAUAUGUAAAAAGCACUGACUUUUUUGUGUUUAUUUGAUAUCCCAAUUUAAAAGACAUUAUACUCAAUGUUCACAACUGACAGUUAAGACAAUGUUUGCAUGAUUGAGAAAGUUGCAAUGUUUUAAAGCAGUGUAGUCUUGUACGGCCAGUGUUAGCUGGCACGGCCGUCAGUGGGUUAAACCUCUGUACAACAUCCAUCUCCUUACAAUGACCACUUUCUUCUGUCCCCAAGUGGCCAUGGAGGAGAAGUUUAACUGUGUACCAAUUACAAAUUGUUGCUGGCCACCCUACCAAUAUGAUAUUAUUGUCAGUGGGCUCACGUUUGCUCGGCGGUAAUAAAUGUUUCAAAAAAACAGUAGCUGUUUGUUUGUUGUAGUAUCUAUCUAUCUAUUUUUCUAUCUAUCUAUCUAUCUAUCUAUCUAUCUAUCUAUCUAUCUAUCUAUCUAUCUGUCUGUCUGUCUGUCUGUCUGUCUGUCUGUCUGUCUGUCUGUCUAUCUAUCUAUCCUAUCUAUCUAUCUAUCUAUCUAUCUAUCUAAUUCAAUGUGGAGUAAACAUAAAGUUGUUGUUGUCGUUGUUGAUUCUUUUUCUUUUUGACAGUGGCACCAGUCAUAGUUGAACCUAAGGAAGAUGAAGCACCUCUUACACUCAAGAUUGGUGAUCCACUGAACAUAAGCUGUGUGGCGAAAGGGAACCCUGCUCCUAAUGUCACAUGGUUACAUAAUAACACAGGAAAGGCGGUCUCACCAACUUCAACCAACUCUCAGCAAUUAAUCAUUAACUCGAUAGAAGAGAAGGAUUUUGGUUUUUACACCUGCAUUGCCAGUAAUAAAUUGAAACAUACAAUAGUUUCUGUUGAAACCAAGAAAGGUAAAUUUAUUUCACAUGUUGAUACAUAGUGCAUGCUUGGCUUUGAAUGCUGGAGGCCAGGGUUUACUCCGCCUUUCACAAGCAUGAUCCCUGGCUACUUUCAUUUGAAACAUAAGGGAAAUAGAAUGAAAUGAAAAUCUUAGAUGUACAAUUCCAUGUAACACAACAACAACGCAGCCAGGUUUCAAGGUGUCAUUAAUACAUUAUUUUUUGAUUGCUGGAUGAUUGACAUCAUCAGCUGCCCAAUAUAUUUUUGCUAUUGUUAUUGGACAACUGACUGAAAUCUUUUAAAUUUGGUCAGUGUAAUCCAUACAGUAAAAAAACUUGCAUUGUGUUUAGACUUUAUAUUAAUUCUGAUCUUGUAUGGUUAUGGAAAGUUAGUUGGAUGAUUUCAGGGGCGAUACAGGGUCCAAAGAAAGUCUGUUUUAUAUGUGUAUGUACAGCUAGCUCUUCUGACAAGCUUCUAGCUUGCCCCCCAAACAAAAAAGGUUUGAUAAGCUUGUUUAAUAAUUUCUUUACGGCUAUUAUUAAUUACACAAUUAGUUAAUUACUUGCUUAAAGUUAGUUCAUUGUAAAAAUAACUGAAAUAAUUCAUUCAAAUCGGCUCCCAUGUGAAUUUAUGAGAAGUUCAAUUUGCCUUUUCGUACUUCUGUAAGUUGACCUCCCCCACGAAACUUUAAUUGUCUUUGGGGUAAGUUAAGAUCAAAAUUCAUUAGCCCCAUUGCAAAAUCCUGUAGUCAGUGGCCCCGGGCUAUUGUACACAACUCUUAUUUAACGCUGGGAGAAGGAAUGGCUAACUGAUAAGAAAACUGGACACCCUUCCCAGGCCCCUAGUUCCAGUGCCUCCCUGAUUUGGGUUUGUUCUCGCUAGUUGUGCGGUCAAAUCAUCGCGCCCAUGCUUGUAAAACAGUGGAUAGGUUUGCCUCCUGCCAGUUGGAUUUUCAGCGUUUUUAUGUGGAAAGUUCCAUUUGAAGUAUUAUUUUGUCUCAUUAUCUCUGAAAAGCCCCAUAACAGUUUUUUGUUUUCAUUGAUGAGAAACAUCUUGAAAUGAAUAAUGAAUUUUUUCUACUUCUGCAGAGGGAUCAGUUAAUUAUUCUAGUGAUGGUGGACUAAGUACUGGUACGCUGGUGGGCAUUGCUAUUGGUGUGAGUGUGUUUGUUCUCAUCGUGCUAGUGGUCUGCUGCUGUCUUUACCAUCGGCAGAAGAAGCAGAUAGAUGAGUAUAAGCAGCUUUAUUUCCUGCAGACAUCAUCAGACUACAAGGUAUAUCCCUCUCUAUAACAUUGUCCAUGUACUUUCACUUUGUUCUCAGGUUUGGCUACUAAGCUUGCGCGCUAUUUGGCAUGAAACACCGUUUAUUGUAUUUAUUGAACAGUUGUUUUGUAUGAAAAAAGUCUUCCUCAAGGAGCCAAAUCCCCAAAUGUCCUGUGUGCAAUUUACCAGUGCCUUUUUUCAUGAAAGUCACAGUCGUGUAGAAUUUACAUGUACCCUCUUUAGCGAAAAUGCUUCAAUCCUACCACCUACCUACCUACCCACCUUCCUACCCACCUACCCAUCAACCUACUUACCCACCUACCUACGUACCCAUCUAGCUGCGUGCCCAUCAACCUACCUACCCACCUACCUGCCUACCUACCUACUUGCCUACCUACCUACCCACCCACCCGCCAACCUUCCUACCUACCUUCCUACCUGCCCACCCACCAUCCUACCUACCUACCUAUUUAUCUACCUGCCUGCCAAUAUUUAGCUGGAGCCUUUCACGAGCUGACCACCAUUUUUCUUGUAAGACGUGCUCUAGGACAUUAACAUGCAUAUUUUGUAUCAGCCUUAUGCGAGAACAAUGUGCCUUGCUUUAGAUUGACCCAGAUCGCAGUCUGCUGGAACAGUGUAAUAAUCUACCUUAUGACCCAGACUGGGAAUUUCCUGAAGAAAGACUCAUCCUUGGAAAUGUGCUUGGUGCAGGAGCUUUUGGACAAGUUGUUAAAGCAGAAGCCAUUGGUAUCUUGGCUCUCAAUCCUCGAGACAAGAGCGCAGAAUCUUUUAAGCGACGCUCAAAAAUCCGUCGGUCUUCACGAGCAAAGGACCUGAAAAAGGAAGAUGGUGGCUCAGGAUGGAAGAAUGUUAAAGUCCCUGUCGCAGUCAAAACCUUAAAAGGUUUGUGAUUCUUUUUGCGUACUCCUCGAACGAAACAAGGAAAAAACGUAAAAUAGGAAAAUAGAAAGUGAAAACAGGAAGGUUUUCACCUCCUAGGAGUGGGGAUUUUUAACCAUGUUGUGUGCCAUUUGUUCAGUUACAUUAUUUGUUUCAUUAUCCUUGAAGAGCCCCAUAGGGGGAGAGAAUAAUUAAAGUGUUAUUAUUGUUGUUGUUGUUGUUGUUGUUGUUAUUAUUAUUAUUAUUAUUAUUAUUAUUGUUAAAGAAAUUUUGUUUUUGUUGUAGAGGGUGCCACACAGGCAGAGUACAAAGAUUUGGCUUCAGAGCUCAAGAUACUCAUUCAUCUUGGACAGCACAAGAACAUUAUCAAUCUUCUUGGAGCCUGUACAAAGGGAAAACGCCUAAUGGUGAUCAUGGAGUUUGCUCCACAUGGCAGCUUGCUGAGCUUUCUUAGAGGGAGAAGAGAUAUAUUUGACGCGAGUUGGACUAAAACCAUGAACGAGCCAGAGAAGGAGUUCACUUUAGUCGAUUUAGUGAUGAUAGGUUUCCAAGUUGGUCGAGGGAUGUCAUUUUUGGCGUCCAAAAGGGUAAGAGAUGUAACGUAGUAACUAAUAUUUAACAAUUAUUCGCCGAAGGCGAAGUUAAUAUUGUUGAAUAAUUGUCGAGGGGAUUGUUCAACAAUAUUAACUGAGCCUGAGGUGAAUAAUUGUUUUAGUAUAUUCACACGAAGUGAUCUCAACAGAAUCAAAUUUCGCCUUCUUGUUUUCAGUGGAUGUUUCCUCAAAUGAGGAUGAUCCACCGGUCUGUGGUUUUAAUGUCAGUGCGAUUUCUCGUCUCAAUAACUUUUUAUUUACGCGGUACAGUUUUACAGAUCAGUUUUUACAGAUCUGUACAGGUGUACAGAUCUAUGAUCUUUUUGUGUGAAGUAAAAUGCCUCGAUAGAAAUUGGCCUUAAGCUACACUGUUUGUGAAAUCUUUCCCAGCGGGAGCCCAACAAAUAAAAUCUGAUCGCGCUCCGUGUGUGACCACUUCUCAUACCUGAACACUCCCUGUAAUCCUCACCGAAACGUCGCUAGCGGCAAUGAGCGAGGUGAGACGGUUAUAUUCGCAGGCUACCCUUGUAAGGGGCCUUAUACCGAAAAUACAAGGCAAAGCACCAUAGUUAGAACCCUUCCCAAAGGACUAUCGUUCUUGAACAAUCUGACCACAUUAUAGGAUCGUGGUUUCAAGAUUUCCGUUGUUUUCAUCCUCCAAGUAACGAUGUGAUACUUGUUCCGAUCUUCUACGAGCGUCAGUUGGAUAAUGCAACUCCGCGGAUCCUUAAUAAGACGAUGAGUUUUCUCCGCACCCCACAACGUUUUUAUUCGAACGGUCGCGUCAUGUAAAUACGAGUAGUUUAAUUCACGAAAUGGCUUUGCGCGUAUUGUAACUUGAGAAUCAAUUACGCAGAUUUGUCAGAUCGGCUCUUGGUAGAACUGUAUCAUAGCCUACCCUGUUCUGGGCCUUCAAUAGCGAGCCACUCUCCACGAUCUGAGCCCCUGUAAACAGGCUAUUAUGUUCCCCCUCUCGCAUGCGACUGUUCAUAAUCGACCGAGUCUUGGCACUUUUGGUGCUCCCUGACGGAGGCUCAACUGUAUUUAAAUUGUUUGUAAACCUUACCUUGAAUUGCACUUUUUUGUUCAGUGCGUUCAUCGCGACUUGGCUGCAAGAAACAUUUUAGUUGGGGAUGAUUAUGUUAUGAAGAUAGCUGACUUUGGUCUGGCAAGGGACAUCUAUAAAGAUGAUCAGUAUGUCAAGAAUACGCAAGGCUUGCUUCCCGUAAAGUGGAUGGCUCCCGAGUCGUUGUUUGAUAGAGUUUAUACUGAGAAAACUGAUGUGUAAGUACAAAAGGUUUUAAUUCCAUUUUAGUUAAUUUUUCCACCGCCAUUAAUUUUCAUAAAUUGUGAACAUUCGAGAGAAGCCUGCGAACACCCGCUCUGUCUUUAGACCAGCGCUCUACUAACUGAACUACAGUGGAACCUCGAUUAAACGAACCUUUAUAUAACGAAGUCUUCGGUAUAACGAGCGAUUUGCUUUGCCCAGUAAUAGUAAGAUAUAGCAGAAAGAACCUUGUUAUAUCAAAACCUCGUUAUAGCGAAGAAAUUUUGUCAGUCCCUUGGCCCUUCGUUAUAUCGAGGUUCCGCUUCAAUCCUACCCUGGUUGAAAAUUUCAAGGAAAAAACAAACAAACAAGCACAGAAACAAAUCCUCGCAUGAAUCGACGAGCAAAUGUAAGGAUCAAUUUUUCGUGAGGACGUAAAAGAAUAGUAAAAAUCAUCUGCUUUUGUUAAAAAAAAUUCCUUUUUGGAGCUUUUUUUUGUGUGUGCUUAAAGUCUUACUUAACAAUUUUGGGCUGAAAAGACACGUAUUAAUCCUGGUCAUGGUUAUUCUUAUCAACAGGUGGUCAUUUGGAAUCCUCUUGUGGGAAACGUUUACCCUUGGGGGUACUCCUUACCCUGGCCUCCCCACAGAGCAGCUUCUGGACUAUCUUAGUGGUGGCAAGAGAAUGGACAUGCCAGCCAAGUGCCCUCUGGAAGUUUACACUGUCAUGAGAGAUUGCUGGAUUCAUGAACCUGAACAAAGACCCCAUUUUACAACCUUGACAGAAAGACUUGCUAAGAUAUUGGAGAAGCACACGACAACGGUAUGUAUUAAUAUGCCGAUGGACUUACCUUACUCCAGGAGGGGGAGGACACUCGCCUCUACGAUGAGGCUCCGCCCCGAGGCCAGCCCCGUACCUUUUAUAUACCUAUACCAUUUUUGACAGAGAAGGAACCCCGUUCGUAUACUUUCUAUUGACAAAUGGUACACAUUCCAUAUACCUAGUGUAGAAUUUUGCAUCCCUUUUAACUGCUGUAAAUUUCCUCUUCUUUAAUAAAUGUUUGGUGAAUGAAUCACAUAACCAGAACGUCUUCUUAACUUUUUCACAGAUUUUCAUACCCGCACGUAUACCUGAAACCUGAAAAAGGUGUCCCUUUCGGGUGGAACCGCCCCGCUUAUGCCAUUGUAGGGAGUACCCUUCCCCCCCCCCUCCUCCUCCCUACUGACUGAAUUACUGGUAGAAUGACUGUCUAAACGACGGAUGGACUGACUGACUGAACGACUGACUAAAUGACUGACUGGCUGACUGACUGAAUGACUGUCUGAUUGACUGACCGACUUAACAAAUGGCUGACUGACUGAACGUCUGACUGAGGGCCUCCUCAAAUGAGCCCGGUUGGCGCGGUGUCCGAGAUCUCGCCUUACCUCUAAAUCCUUUGUAAAAUUUUCGAUGUGUCCAUAUAAGAGGGCGGGCUGGCUUGGUUCCCGAGAUCUCAGUAAGCUAGCCUGCGAACCGCAGACGUAUUUCCGGUCGUCGCUUCUCGGUGAAACUAAAGCAGAAAAAAACGGAUGCUCUCGCAGGCUAUCGGUAAGCGGGCUGGAAAUUUUGCCAUAUGAACACUUAAUCCCGGUUACCGGGAUGAACGGCAGAAUGAAUUCUGGCGGUCCGGAGGGCAUCGUCCUGCCUUGCGUGUUAUAUUUUCCACAUCAUAAGCAUCCCAUUUAACUGCAGUGUGCAGUGAUACAGCUUUAAGAGUUACCGCAGCGUGCAAAGAAAGUGGUGUCCGAUAGCCCAUGGCUAGUGGAUUUUACUAUCAGGCUAGUGAAUUCUGUUUUCAACUUGCCCGACGGGCAAGUGAUGUUUUUUGAGGAAUUCGAAUAACAGAGGGACCGUUAAAUCAGUUCUGCUCGUCGAAAAGCUUUUGGGGCUAGUUGAAAUGACGUCUGGGCUAGUAUUCACUAGCUUCAGCUUGCCCGAAUGGCAAACUGUAAAAAUGAUUUUCUUUGCACCCUGUACCGAAGCUAUGGUAGGCCCGAAAGUUAAUAUUAUUGUGUUUCGCCAUGUUUGCUUUGUUUCCCGAAUUUGGCGCCAGAACACUCAUCCCCAGGAUCUUUGACCUUUUCUCAUCUCGGAAACCGGACGGAAAUUUCUCAUAUGAACCCAAGGUGAAAUUCGCCCCGGUAACCUCCCUAGCUGAAUAACUGACUGACUGAACGCACUGACUGAGUGACUGACUGACUUACCGACGCUGUUAAGUUUACCUGCCAAAAUCAAUAUUGGUUUAUGUAGAAUGCAAACAGCUUCCCUUGCUCCUUAAGAAUUCAGAACUUAGAGAAGCAUCAGUUGCACUAUCAGCAACUUAUACGGCAACAAUAAGAGCACAGGACCGUCUUUGUAUAACCCUUCAAACUUCCUAACGCCAACCUUUGCAACGACUGCUGGACUUGCUGUGCCACAGUGGUUCCUCUCUUGAUUUUUUUUGUUUGUUUGUCGUACAGGAUAACCCUUAUUUAGCACUCCAAAUGGACGAGGACGUUCAACCUAGCUCAGGUUACUAUCUUCAGCCAGUUGAUAAUGCAGGUGUUCGGGAUUCCAAACGAUACGUGCAAUCCCCACUGCAGUCUCCCACAAGUGACACAGAAGAACCCCCACAAUUUGGAGACUUGGAAGGAGAUGGAAAGAGGUGUGUUUUCUAUGCUAUACCACUACAUGAGAAAUUUCUGCAAUUUGAUUGGCUUAGAGUAGUGGUAUUUCAGCAUAGUUUGAAAUACCACUGAAAAUUACAAACCUUUUGCGGGUAGUAGUAUAAACAAAUAAUAGCAUAAUUUGUACGUGAUAUUUGGCAUAAAUACCACUCGUGAUAUUUCAAAAUUGUCUCAAAUUUCACUCGCCUACCGGCUCGUGAAAUUACGUAUAACAAUUUUGAAAUAUCACUCGUGGUAUUUAUGCCAAAUACCACUACUAAUCAUGCUAUUACCUAUGCAUAUGUCUGUUUUUAACUAUUUAUCAGCACAAUUCGCGUUUUUCGUGUGUCUCUCGGGAUAAUAGAGUCCUCUUCCCGUAAUAUCGCAAACCGUCGACUGCAGUUUACGGUUGGGUGUCCGCCGUUUAACCCUUUAAGCCCUAAGAGUGAUCAGCGUUAAAUUUCUCCUUGGAAUAUCACUGCUUUAUAAAACAGGGUGGUCAUGAGAAUUAAGGACAUGAUCACACAGAAAUCGAUACUUCAACAAAAUCUCCCCACUUCUUCUGUUUAAAACGCACAGCAUAUUUCUGUUUUUUAACUAUUUAUCAGCACAAUUCGCGUUUUUCGUGUGUCUCUCGGGAUAAUAGAGUCCUCUUCCCGUAAUAUCGCAAACCGUCGACUGCAGUUUACGGUUGGGUGUCCGCCGUUUAACCCUUUAAGCCCUAAGAGUGAUCAGCGUCAAAUUUCUCCUUGGAAUAUCACUGCUUUAUAAAACAGGGUGGUCAUGAGAAUUAAGGACAUGAUCACACAGAAAUCGAUACUUCAACAAAAUCUCCCCACUUCUUCUGUUUAAAACGCACAGCAUAUUUCUGUUUUUUAACUAUUUAUCAGCACAAUUCGCGUUUUUCGUGUGUCUCUCGGGAUAAUAGAGUCCUCUUCCCGUAAUAUCGCAAACCGUCGACUGCAGUUUACGGUUGGGUGUCCGCCGUUUAACCCUUUAAGCCCUAAGAGUGAUCAGCGUCAAAUUUCUCCUUGGAAUAUCACUGCUUUAUAAAACAGGGUGGUCAUGAGAAUUAAGGACAUGAUCACACAGAAAUCGAUACUUCAACAAAUUCUUCCCACUUCUUCUGUUUAAAACGCACAGGAAUAACAAAUGAGAAUUUGAAUUUUGAUGUUAGGGUUUAAAGGGUUAAGGUUUGUGUGAAUUUCAGCUUUAGAUUAUCGUUUCUAGUCUAGUCUGGGUUGGAUUAUAUUAUCCUCUGAUUCAAAUUUUAAAACGUAUAUAAUCGUCUUAACUGCAGUGUAGUUUAAUGAAUUUACAGCCGAACGAACGGUAACUUUGGUAAACCUAGGGGAGGGGCCCGUGGGAAACGGGCCUUUACGUUAUAUUUAGGCAAAACUGAACCCGCAGGGAUGAGAAAGGAUGUGUUGGAUGAGCGCCGCCCCCAUCCCUUCACCGCACCCCACCCCAUCACUUUCUUGUGAGAUCUAAAUCUGUCACUGGUUAAAAAUUGUACAUAUCCUCAUUUCAGGUAUGAUUCUCCAUUGCCCACUUUGCCACCAGGCCUGCCGGCCUUGAGCGACGAUGAAAUCCCUAAGGAACCCCUGCCUCCCCUCCCCCCUCCCUACGAAAACGACACCAUGGACAAAGCGAGGUUCCCUGAAAGGGCAGACAGCGCUGGAGGGGAGAGUGGUAUUGACAUGGACGGAGCAGAUGAUGGUUAUGUGGAAGAUAUACGAGCUGAUACGCCAUUCCUCCCUCCUCCUGGCAAUAAGCCGGUCGCUAUUGACAUGGAGAAUGCACCUGAACCAAAAGUGCUUUUUAAGGGCAACAGGAACAAGAUCGAGACUUCACUGUGA